AUGGAUGUUGAUGGUGGUAGGGGAAUCCACUUCAAUGAAGAAAUAGUUGUGGACAUCCUCAGCAGGCUACCUGUGCGAUCUCUUCUUCGAUUCAAAUGUGUUUCAAAGUUUUGGAUGGCAUUGAUCUCCGAGCCUUGCUUUACGCUGAAGCAUCUCAAGCUUGCCAAGAAUAACCAAAAUUCCCCCAAAAUUCUUUUUCUUAAGAACAUGUUUUCCUUGUAUCUUUCUUCUUUAACACCACCUUCUUUAUCGUUGACUCAAUUUACUGAGGAUGUACAAAAUCUUGAUUGGCUUUAUGGCGGUAAACCAUGGAGUUGUAAGAUAUAUUGUUGCUACGAUGGCAUGGUUCUUGUAGGGGUUCGUAGAUAUGAUAAUAUUAACCAUCUCAUACUUUGUCUAUGGAACCCUUCCACAAGAGAAUCAACAGUACUUCCUAGUACAAAAUUUUUACCAUCCGAAGAUUAUACUUGCGGAUUGGGAUAUGACUCAACUAGUGGUGACUAUAUGAUCCUUAAGAUAGGUUACCAAUCAUGCAGCGAAAUUCUUGCAGUGAAAAGUGGUUCGUGGAGAAUAAUUGGUAAGCCUACUGGCAUUUACUCCUCGUGGUUGUCUGAUACGGACUCUCUUGCUUUUGUACAUGGAGCAUUUCAUUGGCUUGGUUUGUCACGGAAUGAGAGUGUGACUUCAUAUGAUAUUUCAAAUGGGGUAUUCAAAGAAAUACCAUUGCCAGAUGGAAUGUUUGUUGUUCCCGACAUGAAAUACGUCAAACAUGGCCUUUCUGUAUUGGGAGAAAUGAUUUGUAUUUGUUCUACUCAUCAUGAUCAGUGGAAGCACACUUUCAACGUUUGGAUAAUGAAAGAAUAUGGUGUAAAGGAAUCUUGGAAUCGACUUUUCACCAUACAAAGUUCUGAUCUUUAUUCUUUGAUACCAGAAUACAGGUUUUCAGAUGGUGAAGUGUUACUCCGUUGCAAGCAUUUUGACCAUUGUGGUUAUAUAUUUAAGACAACCAAAGAAUCAUCUGGUUUUUGGCCGCAAUCUCGUUCAGAAUCUUUAUUUCUUCCUCUUUGCACUUUUGUAGCUUCGGUGUUCUGCCUUGUCUCUUCGCCACUUUCUUUGGUUUUCUUGAAGUGGUUCACAAUUGAAGUCCUAUUGUUUGUGCUAGCGGCCUUAUCCAUAGCAAGAGGGGUACCACUUGGCUCCACAAUGCGACAUAGAGCAUCCAAAUUGGGACUAGAUGUUCAUUGCUUUCAGGGGUUUGGGGAGCUCGCGACAGAGCGGGGAAUUGUGAGACGGUUGGCAUAUCUUCACCAGUGGAAUCUGGAGAUCCAUUGUCAACAAACAUAG